AUGAUAGCUUCGCCCUUCUCAUUAAUAAAUGUGGAUACAAUCGCGAUAGUAUCCCCCAACUUGAAGAUAUCUCGAACUUUCUUCAUGUUUAAGCAGUAUAUGAUCAGCGUUUUAUAUUGUCAAUUAAUGUUCACAAUCCGUUCAUCCUGUUUUUAUUUUGAAGAGCAAACUGGUUUUAGAUUGCGGCCUGUGGCAGGGUUGCUUUCUCCCCGUGAAUUUCUUGCUGGUUUGGCUUUUCGAGUUUUUCAUUCAACACAAUACAUUCGUCAUGCAUCGAGGCCGGAGUAUACUCCCGAACCAGAUGUGUGUCAUGAACUUAUUGGUCACGUUCCUAUGUUGGCAGACCCGACGGUUGCACAAUUCUGUCAAGACAUAGGGUUGGCUUCCCUGGCAGCCAGUGAAGAAGACAUAAAACGCCUUUCCACGUGCUUCUGGUUCACCAUUGAAUUUGGACUUUGUCGGGAGGACAAUGCAGUCAAGGCUUAUGGAGCUGGACUUCUCAGUUCUAUCGGUGAACUUCAGUAUGCACUGAGCGACAAACCACGUUUGCUGCCCUUCGAACCAGAAGUUACGGCGCUCGAACCAUAUAUUAUUACAGAAUAUCAAUCCACUUAUUUCGUUGCUGAAAGCUUCGAAAAAGCCCGAAAACAGUUCCACGAAUUUUCCCAGAAAAUCAAAAAACCAUUUCAAAUAGAGUACGAUCCGGCCACGGAAUCCGUGCGGGUUAUUGAUCCAGCUGACCAUGUAUCAGGGCUUCUGGAGGAGCUGAAAGUGGACAUUCAAAGAGUGCAGGACUACAUUAAGCAUUACCUGCGGAAAGAUUAG